CGCCGAAGCCGUCGCAGCUAAACCAGUGACAGCUCUAAGCUUUCACGCCAACUUCACAUGGGUCUUGAGCAUGUCUAAAGCGUCCUCUCUUUGAUCACAUUAUUCACUCUCUUCCUCGCUCUCGCUCCUUCCUAGAAAUCUUGGUGGACUGGGCUUUGCACCACCUUCGUCGGAGGACUUUUCACAGAUCUUCGUGUCAAGCACUGUUUCGAUCGCUUUCCGGAGCAGAGAUCGUCCGGUGAUGGAUUCUUGCUUUGCGAGCUUGAAGGUCAGUGCGCGACCUGUGCCAGGAGGAGGCAUUCUCGAUUGUAGGGGGUUCUGGGGUGAAAACACGAGGGUUGGGCUUCUUAAUAAGCAAUUUGGAGCUCAGUUAUGUAAGAGCUUGAGAAGUGAAACAAGGAUUGGACGUGUUAAACCUGGGAUUGCUUACUCUGUUUUUACUUCAGACAUUGACAAAGAGACCACGGCUUUUCAAGCUCCAGUGUUGGAAACUCCAAGAGCAGAUCCGAAGAGUGUUGCUUCAAUUAUACUGGGAGGAGGUGCUGGAACACGACUGUUUCCGCUUACUAGCAGAAGGGCCAAGCCAGCAGUUCCUAUAGGAGGAUGCUACCGGUUGAUUGAUAUUCCAAUGAGCAAUUGCAUUAACAGUGGUAUCAGAAAAAUAUUCAUCUUAACGCAGUUUAAUUCCUUUUCCCUCAAUCGCCACCUUUCACGGGCGUACAACUUUGACAAUGGAGUCAGUUUUGGCGAUGGAUUUAUGGAGGUCCUUGCGGCAACUCAAACUCCUGGUGAAGCUGGGAAGAGGUGGUUCCAGGGAACUGCUGAUGCUGUCAGGCAAUUCAUAUGGGUCUUUGAGGAUGCCAAGAACAAGAAUGUGGAGCAUAUCCUGAUAUUGUCCGGUGACCACCUGUACCGGAUGAAUUACAUGGAUUUUGUGCAGAAGCAUAUUGAUACAAAUGCCGAUAUCACAGUUUCAUGUAUCCCGAUGGAUGACAGUCGUGCAUCAGAUUAUGGACUGAUGAAGAUUGACAGAACUGGACGGAUCAUCCAAUUUGCCGAAAAACCAAAGGGCAAUGAGCUGAAGGCAAUGCAAGUUGACACUACUCUUCUUGGACUAUCAAAGCAAGAUGCUGUGAACUUCCCAUACAUUGCCUCAAUGGGCGUCUAUGUAUUCAAAACCGAUGUGUUACUAAAGCUUCUGAGGUGGAGCUACCCCUCAUGCAAUGAUUUUGGCUCCGAAAUAAUUCCGUCAGCUGUUACAGAGCAUAAUGUCCAGGCAUAUCUGUUUAAUGACUACUGGGAGGACAUUGGAACAAUCAAGUCAUUCUUUGACGCUAACUUGGCCCUAACAGAGCAGCCUCCGAAGUUUGAAUUUUAUGAUCCUCAAACACCUUUCUACACUUCUCCAAGGUUCUUACCCCCCAGUAAAGUUGAUAAAUGCCAGAUUGUAGAUGCAAUAAUCUCUCACGGUUGCUUCUUGCAAGAAUGUAGCAUUGAACACUCCAUUGUUGGCGUGCGCUCGCGUUUAGACUAUGGUGUUGAGUUUAAGGAUACCAUGAUGAUGGGUGCAGAUUACUAUCAGACUGAAGCUGAAAUUGCAUCUCUUCUGGCACAAGGGAAGGUUCCUAUCGGGGUUGGACAAAAUACUAAAAUCAGGAACUGCAUAAUCGACAAGAAUGCCCGGAUAGGAAAAAAUGUGGUUAUUCACAACACCGAAGGCGUUGAAGAAGCUGAUAGACCAGAAGAAGGAUUCUACAUCAGGUCGGGGAUAACAGUCAUACUGAAAAACGCAACUAUCAAAGAUGGAACCGUCGUUUGAGAAGAAAACAAAACAAGACCGGUGGGAGUCUUGGACAUCAUAGCAUGUGUCUGAUUCAGAACAAAGCUGGCUAAAUCCGCACACAACUUUGCUGUUUUCGCGGCUUUCCUGAGUCCGGAGAAACUCGAUGCUCGGUUGUAAAGUAGCUGUCGGUUAUGUAACUAAGCUAGUGAGAUGCAUAUAACACGAGAAGCUAGUGAGAUGCAUAUGCUGAAUAAGAGAAACACAGUUGCCGUGUGCAAUGGGAUGUACAUAUCAUAUGUAGAGAGACUAGGACCACAUGAAAAUGAGACAGUUCUAACA